AUGUCUUAUUGCUCUGUUUAUGAUUCAUCUAUCUAUCUAUCUAUCUAUCUAUCUAUCUAUCUAUCUAUCUAUAUAAAUCUAUCUCAACCUCUAUAUCUAUCUAUAUAUCUCUCUCUCUCUCUCUCUCAGUAUGAUUAUAUCAUUCUGUCUGUCUGUCUAUCUCAAUCCGUUCAUAUCUAUCUAUCUAUCUAUCUAUCUAUCUAUCUAUCUAUUUAUCAACAGUCUGUUCUUCUUUUUAUCUAUAUAUAUAUAUAUUUGUGUGUGUGUGUGUGUCUGAUCAUAAUCUAUGAUAUAUCUAUCUAUUCAUCUAUCUAUCUAUCUAUCUAUCUAUCUAUCUUCAUUCUAUCUAUCUCUCUCAAAAUCUUCAUAUCUAUUAUAUCAUCUCUGUCUCUCUAUCUCUUUCUCAGUAUUUCUUUAUAUCAUUCUGUCUGUCUGUCUAUCUCAAUCCGUUUCAUAUCUAUCUAUCUAUCUAUCUCGGUAAAAUUAUAUCAUUUCAUUCUUCUUUCUGUCUAUCUCACUGUUCAUAUCUAUCUAUAUCUAUCUAUCUAUCAUCUAUUGAUAAAUAUCUAUCUAUCAUAUCUAUCUAUUAUCUUUAUAUCCAAAUCUAUUCAUCUAUCUAUCUAUCUAUCUAUCUAUUCUAUCUAUCUAUCUUCAUUCAUCUAUCUGUUUUCAUGUUUUCCACGCGUAAAUCAAUAUCUGACUUUCAGAAUUUUUCUCAUGUCAAACCCCAACCACCAUUUCAUCCGUCCCAGAAACGUCCUCAUUUCUUCUUGUGGAAGUUCAGAAAGAAAGAAGAUGAAAGAAAGAAAAAAAAAUAACCUCAAACAUGGGGCAAACAUUUAA